CUCUACUUUUUUUUUUUCUCUUUUCCCCAAAGGGAAUGUACCCUAAAUUAAAGUGACAGAGGAAACAAAUAAAGUUAAAACUAAUACACAGAUUCUCAAUGUAAGGAAGUUCAGCUGCCAUAUUCUCCGUCAUGUUGGUUUGUACUGGUUUAGUUUUUUAGCAAGGUAUCACAGUCUUCAUUUGGAUAACAAAAAAGAAGGCAAGAAUACGAAAAAUGGAGAAAGAAGUAAGAGCAGUUGUUUUGGGUCCCCAGUACUUUGAGAAAGCAUCAGUGCUUAACAGUAUUUUAGGUGAAGUCGAGUCUAAUGAGUUCUUUGUGAAGUCUGUAAGGAAAGACAGUGAAGUGAAUGGUAGGAUGAUCACUCUGAUUAACACACCCUGUUGGUGGAAGGAAUACGGUAUGAAAGACUCACCAGAAGUUGUCAAACAGGAACUGGUGUGCAGUGUCUUGAAGUGUCCACCAGGACCUCAUGUUUUUCUAUUGGCUAUUGAUCUCAGUUUGCCUUUUACUCAAGAACAGAGAAUCAGCAUUGAGGAACAUCUUAAUCUCUUUGGAGAGAGAAUCUGGUCACACGUCAUAGUGCUCUUUACACGAACAGUUUCAUUGAACGACAAAUCCAUUGAGCAACACAUACAGAGUCAAGGAGAAGAUCUGCAACAGAUCAUACAGAGAUGUGGAGGCAGAUACCACAUUUUUGAUAUAGUAAAUAAAGGAAAUCGAGUUGAAGAACUACUUGUGACGAUUGAUGGUGUUGUGGCAGCAAACAGUGGCAAACAUUUUGAAACUGACAAUAAAAAACUUCUUGAGGUGCAGAAAAAGAGAGAAGACAUCCAAGAGAGAGCAAAAGCCAGACAAACGAUGGUGCAGGAAAAAAGAGAACUGCUGAAAGAAAAAGGAGAUGUGUUAUCAGUCCAAUCACUGAGAGUUGUACUGGUGGGUUGGAUCCUUUCUGGAAAAAGUUUAGCAGGAAACACCAUCUUGAACCAGGACAUAUUUAAAGCAGAAAAAACAAAAAAGUAUGUACAAGGUUCUGGUGAAGUGAAUGGAAGGAAGAUAACAGUGACAGACACGCCAGGCUGGUGGAAGUAUUUCCCAGCUAAAUUCAAUCCAGAGAUUGUGAGGACCUCAAUUCUAGAGAGUAUUUCAGAAAGUGGGAAAUCUCCACAUGCUGUACUCUUACUGAUUCCUGCAGACACUUCAUUUCAGCAAGAACAAAAGAGGAUCAUUGAAGAAAAUAUGACUACUCUCGGAGAGGACGUCUGGAGACACACCAUAGUUUUGUUCACAUGGGGCAAUGUAUUUCCAGACAUCUCAAUCGAGGAGCACAUUGAGAGUGAAGGUGAUGCCCUCCAGUGGCUGAUUGAGAAAUGUGGGAACAGAUAUCACGUCUUUGACAACACGGACAUGAAGAAUCGAGAUCAAGUCACAGAGCUGCUCCAGAAGAUUGAUCAGAUGGUGGCAGAAAACUGUUUGUUUCGUCUCGACACUAAGUGUGAUGCAGAAAUGAAUCUUCAUAAGACUGACACACAACAAGAUCUGGAUUUAGAGGAGGAAAUAAGUCUGGAUCCACAGCAUGUGCUGAAAAUACUAAGCGAUGAGCUGAACAACAGAUUAAAUGCAAUAACAAAUAUGGCAAAAGAAAUACUGAUGGAUUUCACUGAAUAUGAUGACCUCGCAAGUCAGAGAAGUUUGUCAAACCCUCCAGAUUUUAAAGAAGAAGAAUCAAAUAAACCUUCCGAAACACCGAUCAGCAAACAUCAACAGGAGAUCAAGCCAGUUGAUGAAAAACUCAUGAAUAAGAUUGAGAGAGAAGGAAGCAGAUGGGAAUCUAUAAUAAUGGAGGGGUUCUGGAGGAUUUUGCAGAAAUAUAAAGCAUCAAGUGAUGAAAAUGUGAUUCAAAGUUCAAAGCGUGACAUGUUGAGGUGGAUUCAAAGAAGUGAGGGAUACAGCACUUCUGGAUAUGAAACAAGCUCCAAUCUUAGUGAUCCAGCAGAAGAUCCACAGAAUACAGACAUAUCAGAGGACAAUAAUUGCUUAAGAGCAACAGGCAGCAUAGCCUUAAAUAAAUGACAUGCUCUUGCACUCAGCUGGACCGAGCACAACAGAAAGCAAAGAUCUCAAUAGACCUUAUUCCCGCUAGCGCCAUCUUUGAUUUUUAACGGGAAUGAAAACAAGGCUGUGAGGGAUAGAGGUACAGUCUCUUCAAUGGCACGAACGAAUAAAGCUGUAUAAAGCUCUGUGGGGGCGUGGUCAAGCAUCCGUCUGGAUAGAGAGAAAGCGGUAAGGGCACUUACACCAGAGCUAGAUUAUGUUUAACACCUGUUUCUAAUUCAAGUGAGCACGGGGAGAGCGGCAUAUAAGCAGCCAUGCCAACAGCAGAGGAGAGAGAGUCUGACACAAGGAAGGCCACGGUGCUCCUGAAGCUGUUACAUUUAAUCUGUUAUGUUUGUGAAGCUGAUGUGUUUAAGUGACUACGUGCCUGUGAAUCUGAUGAGUGUCUUUACCUCCAAAGCCGAGACGAAGUCUAUCCCUCACAGCCUCGUUGUCAUUCCCAUUAAAAAUCAAAGAUGGCGCUCGCGUGAAUUUUUCAAUAUUCAAUCUUGACACAAUGUUCUAAAAACACAGCUUGUGUGACUAGAGGUGCUGAAAAGUAGUGAGAGUUUUCAGGGGGGAUGGAUAAUCAAACAAGCAAGUACAACCCCCCUCCAAUAUUUCUAACAUGAUCAAUGGAAACAUGUAGAUGCUUCAUGCUGCAACUCCCUAAUUGUAAAGCCAAACCUACGCCUUUGGACGUGACGCAACCGAAGUAAGGGCGCUUGCACACUAGAGACAUUUCCAACAGAAGGGAAUGUGAAAAGUCCAUUUUGAAGGCGAUUACCACAGAGGGAAGAGGCGGUUCAGUUUGAAAACAAGCAGCAAUCCAGUGGCUAUCGCAGACAGAGAUGGCUAUCUAACAUAUAACUUUUCAACAAUGUACCAGUAAUCACUUAAACACAACUCUUUGUAGCCUGGCAGAGAAAGACAGUAAAGGACAGGGAAUGAAUACACCGCAUGUAUGAGGUUUUUCCAUCAUGUUUUUAUUUAUUUCAAAACGCAACUAGUCCCAUCUUUCCGAGAUUCUCAUUGGACAACGCAUGCUUUUUGUCAGAGUGCGUUGCAGCAAAAGUUAAAAUGCUGUAAACUUUUGUUCACAAGGCAGUGCUUCACUAUCGCAAACCCUUGAGUUUUCCCUCUCCGUCCUUCCGACACACCAUCCCCAUUGAAAUGCAUUUGUAGCGUUCUCUGACGCAGCAUAAAAUCGGCUCUGAUGAAGAAAAAACAUGAACAAUUUCAAACAAGAAUGGACUUUCAAGUUUAGGUUGUAUUCAUUAACAUUACAUAACUUGGUCUAACAAAGAACAACAUUUUAAUAGCACUUAUUAAUCUUAAUCAAUGUUAAUUUUCAACAUCUACUAAUGCAUUUUUUAAAUUAAAAGUUCAGUAUGUUAAGAUUAGUUAGUGCAUUACGAACUUACAAUGAAUAAUUGUAUUUUCAUAUUUUUCAUCAAUAAAAUUAACUAAUUAUUGUUCAUUAUUUGUUCAUGAUACCUUCAGUUACUAAUGUUAACAAAUACAACCUUAUUGUAAAGUGUUACCAUUUGUUUUUUAUGCAGUAUUACUGUAUCCAUGUGAGGAGGCAGUAUAUGUCGAUGCAUUUAUGUCAUCAGUCUGAUUUACUCUCUCUUAUAAACCAUUGUUGAAAGCACUUUUUAGUUGUUGUUUGUUGUUUCUGUCUCAAGUUAACUGUACAUUUUUGAAUUUCCUGCUAGGUGGAAAUGUUUCUCAUGACAAAAUAAGAUGAAAGCUAACACAGAUUUACAGUUUUAUUUAAAUUAUACUGUUAUCUGUAGAUAGAAGCUUUUUGCUGACAAAAUAAUUCUGGCUCAGCCCGCAUGCCCCGAAGAACUUUUCCAUUCGGUCUGCUAGAAGCUUAUAAGUAAAUAUUAUUUAUGAUUAAACAAUUAAAUAUAUUCAUGAUCCUAAAGUAGAAAACGUAAUUUUUAUUCACUAAUUUAGGUUAAUUUCAGUGGUUAAUAAAAUAAGUAAUAAUAAAAUAAGCAUUUAUAAAAUAAAAUAAGUAUAUGUAAGUAAUUUUACUUGCAUGAUUUUACUGUUUAUUUACACCGUUUUUAUUGUUUAUUUCAUUGUAACGUUUGGUAACUUCCUGUUUUGUGAAGUCUUAAGUUAAUUUUCUACUUAAAAUUACCAUUGAUGAUAAAAAUUAAGGGUUGAUUGUUACCGUCAUCAUGUUUUGUGCAUCAAGUGUUGAGGUCAGUGUGCGUGGCUAUGUCUCUUGGGACUUUUACCAGUAAUGAAAGGUGAUAAGAGAGAAUAUAUUAUUAUUAUAUUAUAUUCUCUCUUAACAACUGACUAUCAACAGCCUGAAUGUCAAUACUGUACAUUCUAUAUAUACUAUAUAUACUUUUUUAUAUUUUUUAUUUUUAUUGAAUAAUGUGUAUCUAUAUAGUGUGUAUUGUAUACUGUACAGUGUAUAUUAUUAUUUGUAUAUUGUUGAGUGUAAUUAUGUGUAUAUCAGAUGUUUAAAUUGUGCUGUAUGUGCUUAAUUUGAUGUUAUUGUAAAUUGGUAUAUGUCUCAUCACUGUCACGACUGCUGUGUUGAUCGGAACUGCACCCAAGAAUUUCACACACCAUUGCACUUGUGUAUAUGGCUGUGUGACAAUAAAGUAAUUUGAUUUGA